GUUUUUUUUUUUUUUUUUUUUCCUUUUUCCCGCCCGCCCUCCUCCCCUCGUUCGUCUCCUCUCCCCGGCCAGGGUCACUAGGGAGUCCGCUGACGCCGUGUGAGCUGAGCUUGCCGUCAAGAUGCCGGCCUAUUUCCAGAGGCCGGAAAAUGCCCUCAAGCGCGCCAACGAAUUUCUUGAGGUUGGCAAAAAGCAACCUGCCCUUGAUGUUCUUUAUGAUGUUAUGAAAAGUAAAAAACACAGAACAUGGCAGAAGAUACAUGAGCCAAUUAUGUUGAAGUACUUGGAACUUUGUGUGGAUCUUCGCAAGAGCCACUUGGCUAAGGAAGGAUUAUAUCAGUAUAAGAACAUUUGCCAGCAGGUGAACAUUAAGUCUUUAGAGGAUGUUGUUCGGGCAUAUUUGAAACUGGCAGAGGAAAAAACUGAAGCUGCUAAGGAAGAAUCCCAACAAAUGGUGUUAGAUAUAGAAGAUCUGGAUAAUAUUCAAACUCCUGAGAGUGUUCUCCUGAGUGCUGUGAGUGGGGAAGACACACAGGAUCGGACUGACAGAUUACUUUUAACUCCCUGGGUUAAGUUCCUGUGGGAAUCAUACCGGCAGUGCUUGGACCUUCUUCGAAACAAUUCUAGAGUAGAGCGCCUCUACCAUGAUAUUGCCCAGCAAGCUUUCAAAUUCUGCCUGCAGUACACACGUAAGGCUGAAUUCCGCAAGCUCUGUGACAAUUUGAGAAUGCACUUGUCUCAGAUUCAGCGCCACCACAACCAGAGCACUGCAAUCAAUCUUAAUAAUCCUGAGAGCCAGUCAAUGCAUUUGGAAACCAGGCUUGUUCAGUUGGACAGUGCUAUCAGCAUGGAACUGUGGCAGGAAGCCUUCAAAGCGGUAGAAGAUAUUCAUGGGCUAUUUUCCUUGUCCAAAAAACCACCCAAGCCUCAGUUGAUGGCAAAUUACUAUAACAAAGUCUCUACGGUGUUUUGGAAAUCUGGAAAUGCUCUUUUUCAUGCAUCUACACUCCAUCGUCUUUAUCAUCUGUCUAGAGAAAUGAGAAAGAACCUUACACAAGAUGAGAUGCAAAGAAUGUCUACUAGAGUCCUUUUGGCUACUCUUUCCAUCCCCAUUACUCCUGAGCGCACUGAUAUUGCUCGGCUUUUGGAUAUGGAUGGCAUUAUAAUGGAGAAACAGCGUCGCCUCGCAACACUUCUAGGUCUUCAAGCACCACCCACACGAAUUGGCCUUAUUAAUGAUAUGGUCAGAUUCAAUGUGCUGCAGUAUGUUGUCCCCGAGGUAAAAGACCUUUAUAAUUGGCUGGAAGUAGAAUUCAACCCACUAAAGCUAUGUGAGAGAGUCACAAAGGUUCUAAAUUGGGUCAGGGAACAACCUGAAAAGGAACCAGAGUUACAACAGUAUGUGCCACAGCUGCAAAACAACACCAUUCUUCGCCUCCUGCAGCAGGUGGCACAGAUUUAUCAGAGCAUUGAGUUUUCCCGUUUGACUUCUCUGGUUCCUUUUGUUGAUGCUUUCCAACUGGAACGGGCCAUAGUAGAUGCAGCCAGACACUGUGACUUGCAGGUUCGUAUUGACCAUACUUCUCGGACCCUGAGUUUUGGAUCUGACUUGAAUUAUGCCACUCGAGAAGAUGCCCCAAUUGGUCCACAUCUGCAGAGCAUGCCAUCUGAGCAGAUAAGAAAUCAACUCACAGCCAUGUCCUCAGUGCUGGCAAAAGCACUUGAAGUCAUCAAGCCAGCUCAUAUUUUGCAAGAGAAAGAAGAACAGCAUCAGUUGGCAGUUAAUGCAUAUCUUAAAAAUUCACGAAAAGAACAUCAGCGGAUCCUAGCUCGUCGACAGACAAUUGAGGAAAGAAAAGAGCGUCUUGAGAGUCUGAAUAUUCAGCGUGAGAAAGAAGAAUUAGAGCAAAGAGAAGCUGAACUCCAGAAAGCACGAAAGGCUGAAGAAGAGAGGCUGCGUCAGGAGGCAAAGGAGAGAGAAAAGGAGCGAAUCUUACAGGAACAUGAGCAAAUCAAGAAGAAAACUGUUCGUGAGAGGCUGGAGCAGAUCAAGAAGACGGAGCUGGGUGCCAAAGCAUUCAAAGAUAUUGACAUAGAAGACCUUGAAGAACUGGAUCCCGAUUUUAUCAUGGCCAAACAGGUUGAACAACUGGAAAAAGAAAAGAAGGAACUUCAAGAACGCCUGAAGAAUCAAGAAAAGAAGAUUGACUAUUUUGAAAGAGCUAAACGUUUGGAAGAAAUUCCUUUGAUAAAGAGUGCUUAUGAGGAACAGAGGAUUAAAGAUAUGGAUCUGUGGGAACAGCAAGAAGAGGAAAGAAUCACUACAAUGCAGCUAGAACGGGAAAAAGCUCUGGAACAUAAGACUCGAAUGUCACGAAUGCUGGAAGACAGAGAUUUAUUUGUGAUGCGACUCAAAGCUGCCCGGCAGUCUGUUUAUGAGGAAAAAUUGAAACAGUUUGAAGAGCGAUUAGCAGAAGAAAGGCAUAAUCGCUUAGAAGAAAGGAAGAGACAGCGUACCGAAGAACGCAGAACAACUUAUUAUAGAGAGAAAGAAGAGGAAGAGCAGAGGAGGGCUGAAGAACAAAUGCUAAAAGAGCGAGAAGAGAGAGAGCGUGCUGAGCGAGCGAAACGAGAGGAAGAACUUCGUGAAUAUCAGGAGAGGGUGAAGAAACUAGAAGAAGUAGAAAGGAAAAAACGACAAAGGGAGUUGGAAAUUGAAGAAAGAGAGCGGCGUAGAGAGGAAGAGAGGCGGCUUGGUGAUGACCCACUUUCUAGGAAGGACUCUCGGUGGGGAGACAGAGAUUCUGAAGGCACUUGGAGGAAAGGACCAGAAGCUGACUCUGAGUGGAGGAGAGGUCCACCAGAGAAGGAUUGGAGACGAGGAGAAGGGAGAGAUGAGGAGAGGUCUCACAGGAGAGAUGAAGACCGACCAAGGCGUUUGGGGGAUGAUGAGGAGAGGGAGUCUUCUCUUAGGCCAGAUGAUGAUCGAAUCCCCAGGCGCAGCCUGGAUGAUGACAGAGGUCCUAGACGUGGUCUUGAUGAAGAUCGCUUCUCUCGCCGUGGGGCAGAUGAUGACCGUCCUUCCUGGCGCAAUGCAGAUGAUGACAGGCCUCCCAGGCGAAUUGGUGAUGAUGACAGGGGAAGCUGGCGUCAUGCCGAGGACGACAGACCCCCUAGGCGAGGCAUAGAUGAUGACAGAGGAAGUUGGCGUACAUCUGAUGAGGACAGAGGACCUAGACGUGGGAUGGAUGAGGACCGGGGGCCAAGGCGCGGAGGUGCUGAUGAUGAGCGAUCAUCCUGGCGCAAUGCUGAUGAAGACCGGGGUCCCAGGCGGGGCAUGGAUGAUGACCGGGGUCCCAGGCGGGGGUUGGAUGAUGACAGAGGACCUUGGAGGAAUGCUGAUGAUGACAGGAUCUCCAGGCGUGGUGCAGAUGAUGACAGGGGGCCUUGGAGAAACAUGGACGAUGAUCGGAUCUCUAGAAGAGCUGAUGAUGAUCGGAUUCCCAGGCGGGGUGAUGACUCAAGACCUGGUCCCUGGAGACCAUUUGUCAAGCCAGGUGGAUGGAGAGAGAAAGAAAAAGCCAGAGAAGAAAGUUGGGGUCCACCUCGAGAGUCAAGACCUUCAGAAGAACGUGAAUGGGAUAGAGACAAAGAGAGAGAUAGAGACAAUCAAGACCGUGAGGAGAAUGAGAAAGAUUCGGAAAGGGAGAGAGAAAGAGAGCGAGAUGGCGAGCGUGAGGAUCGCUUCAGAAGACCCAGGGAUGAAGGUGGCUGGAGAAGAGGACCAGCUGAGGAAUCCUCGAGCUGGAGAGACUCAGGUCGCCGCGAUGAUAGGGAGAGGGAUGACAGGCGGCGGGAGAGAGAUGAUCGUCGUGACCUGAGAGAGAGACGAGAUUUAAGAGACUUAAGAGAUGACAGAGACCGGAGAGGGCCUCCCCUCAGAUCGGAGCGAGAAGAAGUAAGCUCUUGGAGACGUGCUGAUGACAGGAAAGAUGACCGGACAGAAGAGCGUGAUCCACCUCGCCGUGUUCCUCCCCCGGCUCUUUCAAGGGAGCGAGAAAGAGAGCGAGAACGAGAAAGAGAGCGAGAGCGGGAGGGUGAAAAGGAGAAGACCUCAUGGAGAACCGAGAAAGAUAGGGAAUCUCUCCGUCGUACUAAAAAUGAGACUGAUGAAGAUGGAUGGACCACGGUACGACGUUAAGUCCCAUGGUGGAGUCAGACUUGUGUCUUACAUAAGUGUGAUCACAUUAGAAGAUUAUUAUACUUGUGCUUCAACCCAUCUGAAUUGGAUUCUUUAAUGUUGUCUCACCAUAACACAAAAGCAUGAACUUGUAUUAAUCCUAUAUAAUAGAUUGAUCAUGCACCAUACCCACAGAAGGUUGGAAAACCAUGCCAUUUUCUGGAAUUUAAGGUGUUGCAUUAUUUCAUCAAUCAUUUGUUUACAAAAAAAAACCUAAAAAAUAAAAAUGUGAACCCUUCAGGUGUUAAUACCUGUAU